ACACAUUCAACGCAAUGAAUAUAUAUGUGCGUCUCGCAAUAGUCUUAUUUGUUUACACUAGACGACGGCAUUGAGUAAUUUCUUUAUCAACAUUUUAUGGUGUAGACAAUUUUUGCGUUAAGCAUUAAUGUGCAAAUAAUCGGGAACAUUAUCAAAUCGGUGUAAUUCAAUAGAAUAAUCAAAAAAUGUAAAUGAAAAAAAUGGUCGAACGUACAAAAUACAAAGACUUCCAUUGGUCACGUAUCAGUGUAUGCUUGUGAUGGAACAUUCAUUCAGUACAUUCAGUUCAGUUCAGAUGUGAAAUGUCUGCGUAUUUUCGAUUUGUGAAUUUGGUGUUCGCCCAAUGAACAUUUAUUUAACAAUUUUGUUGGUUACGUUUUGGAAUUGGAAAUAAUCGAGCCGAAGCACUCACACACGCACACACAUACAAAAAAUCAUAUUGUUAAAUGUAUCGUAAUGAAAGAGAGUCGACGGGGUGAUUCUUUUCGGUUUGAUAUGCGGAAAAGUGUUGAAGUUCAAGUUGGUAGUGAUUUUGCUCUUUUGUUGCCCAGUGGGGCUUAUGAAAUUAAGAAAAUGCAGCCUCGUCGCAGGCUUCGAUCAAUUGUUUUUGUUUGUUUAACACUGGCCGUGGCUGGUAUAAUUGGUUUUGGCUACUUUUGUCCGGAUCAAGUGUGCGCAUUGACAAAACGCGGUACAAUAACAUCGGAUGUUGGUUUUACAAGUGCAUUACAAAAUACACUUGGUAAAUUACGUGAACAAAUGGGUGCCAUACCUGGUUUAAGCUAUGACGAUGUAUUAAAAGAUGAUUUUCAAUUUGAUAUGGAUGCACAUGAUGUUAUGGUAUUUUUGCAUAUUCAAAAAACGGGCGGAACAUCGUUUGGAAAGCAUUUGGUACAAGAUUUAGAUUUAAAACGUCCAUGUGAAUGUCAACGAAAACGUAAACGUUGUUAUUGCUUUCGAACGCAUCGCAAUGAAAAUUGGCUAUUUUCACGAUAUUCAACGGGUUGGAAGUGUGGCCUUCAUGCCGAUUGGACCGAAUUGACCAGUUGCGUUGAUCGAGAAUUAAAUAAAAAUGAAGGUGAAAUUGCAAAACGACGAUAUUUCUAUAUUACAAUAUUAAGAGAACCAGUCGUUCGGUAUUUAUCGGAAUUUCGACAUGUACAAAGAGGUGCCACAUGGAAAACAGCCAGACACUGGUGUUUGGGGCGCCAAGCAACGGUUAGCGAACUACCACCAUGUUAUACAACAGAGAGUUGGGUCGGUGUGAAUUUGGAAGAGUUCAUGGAUUGCGAUAGUAAUCUAGCCACAAAUCGUCAGACACGAAUGUUAUCGGAUUUAGCGUUAGUUGGUUGUUAUAAUAAAACUUCGAUGUCGGCUCACGAACGGGACCGAAUCAUGCUAGCCAGUGCCAAAAAAAAUUUAGCUGCCAUGUCUUACUUUGGUUUGACAGAAUAUCAAAAGAUAUCUCAAUACGUUUUUGAGGAAACGUUUAAUUUACGCUUUGCCAUACCAUUCGAACAGCACAACACCACUGUAUCAAGUUCAACUUUAAACCAUUUGACGCCGAAACAGGAAGCCAGAGUGAAAGAGUUGAAUGCACUAGACAUUGAAUUGUAUGAAUUUGCUAAAAAAUUGUUAUUCCAACGAUUUGAAAAGCUGAAAGCCAAAGAUGUAAAUUUCGAUGAACGGUUUAAUCACUUGGGUUUGUUAGCCGGUAAAAAUGGUGUCACUGAAUUCAAUUGGGAUCGUAAUUUAGAUGAAACAAAUUGAUCAGAGAGACCACACAUCGCACACAUAAUUAAUGAUAAUGGAAUAUUAUAAUUUGAUGAAAAAAGAAAGAAACAAUAACUUCUAGUGACGAAUAUAAAUUGAUUGUGAUAAAAAUUUGAAAUACAGGCAGCGGGUCAAGUAUAUCAAGAGAUAUAGAUGACUGAACGGAUUGGAUGAUGGUUACACCGCGUUUUUAUGGAAAUGGUCGUUAAAUUGAAUACGGAAGCAAACAAAAAACAUAUUUUAAAAUCACAUAAGACGAUUCUUUUGCACAAAUCCGUUUUGCACGCGUUUCGCAAACUAAGCACAAAUAGAAAUAUAUAUAUUUUUCAUACUGUCAAGAGCACACAAUUUUAAAUAUAUAUACUUUCAAGACACUUUUUCCCUCGGAUAAAAUCGUUAGCACCAAUCCACAUUUUAACUUGACCGAACAAAAGUAUUGCUAGAGCAUGAAAAAAAUCAACUCACAUUUUGAUUGAAAUGAUUGAAAUCUCAUUGCGGAUUUUAUUUAAAAAAAAAUAUCUUUUUGGAAAUGAAUGCUCUAAUUAAUUUAUAAGUAUUUUCAUACACCGUGGCACUCGGUUAAAUCCUCACACAACUAAUUAACAACGCUAUGAAAGAAUGAUAUAUUUUUGAAGAAGAGACAAGAGUACCGUAGAUUUUAACAACACAGUCACCGAGUUAGUAAGGCAUUUUUAUUAGAAUUAAUUGAAUGAAAAUAUCAAAAAAAUAAAACCAACAACAACAAAAAAGAUAUAGCUCUAUCGAUAAUUAUAACAAGUUUGAUUUAUGAAAAAUGACAUUAAUCAUUAAGCAAGUAUAUCUCAAUCUUCAUUUUGCCAAAGACUAAUUUAGUUUGUAAUCAACAAUUUUAUCGUAUAACAGUUUUACAACAAUCAUAAUUGCGUUCAGAAAUUACAAAUGAUUAUUGCAUUUUAUUAAGUGUGAAAUCACCAAAAUUCUCACU